AUGGCACUGCAGCCUUUCAGUGACCAGCAAUUGAAUUUCUUCAAGUUCUCGUUGUUAGUAGUAAAUGAAUUCCCAAAAGCCUUACGGCAGACCUUUAAAACCAUGUGGGACAACACCUAUGGAGGUCGCCCUGGUUUCCAGCUCUGGGAUGAUUCAACUGCUGUGAGAAAUUUGUUUGCCACUACGGAGGGGGGCAGAACUAAAGUUCCUAUUAACCAGUCUUACAAUGAGUGGGAUUGCACCAACCUGUUCCAGGCCACAAUAUUUUCCAGGUCUUAUGCAUUACCAGCCAGCACAGGAUCCUUCACCACGCUUAGUGAUUUGUACGUCAAACCCCGUGCAAUUCCUUAUGGUAGUUUCCACGCAUGUGUGCUCAGCCCGGGUGGAAACAAUGCGGAGACCGUUGCACUUGCCAUUGAUCAGCUUCGUCGUCUUAGGAAUUCACUUUGUCACUCAACAAGUUCUGAGAUGGACAAACUGACCUUUGACCAGCGCAUGAAUUGCGCCAAAGGUGCGUUUCAAGCUCUUGGUGUCUCAACAGCUCCAAUCGACGCCGUUGGUAGUUUGACAGAGUCGGACUUUCCGACAAAUGAAGUUCGUUCUUUGGAAAUGCGACAACGAGACGAGACUCGAGCGUACAUCAAUUUUCUCGAGGAAGUGAGCUCAGAUGUUGGUGAGAUAAAAGCGAUGUUACAGGCAUUAAAAGCAGGACAAGAACAGAUCAAUGAGUUGAAAGAAGGACAACGCGAACGUGAUGCUCAAAGUAAAAAUUCAGGUAUAAGUAAAAAACAGAAC